AUACCGCAGUAGCUAAUGCCGCAAGGUCAUUUCAAGAACUAUCUGCUUGACGAACCGGCGAGUUAUUCUUCUCUUAGUCGGUUAAGGGUAUCAAAUUCUCCAGCUGAGAGCUCGUCGAUUUUAAAGAUGGCUGUUACUCAGAGUCCUAGGGCACUAGGCCAUCAGCUCCAUGCUGCUAAUGAAGAAACAAGGUUUGAUCAUCUGAGUGCGCUUGACAUUGAUUCUCAUCCGACCUUUACUCGCUUAACUGGCAUCAUCUGUACUAUUGGACCUUCAUCCCGAGAGGUGAAAAUGUUGGUUGAAAUGAUGAAAGCAGGAAUGAAUAUUGCUCGUAUGAAUUUUUCCCAUGGCACUCAUGAGUAUCAUGGAGAGACCAUCCAAAAUGUACGAGAAGCAGUAAAAAUUGUCAACCAAGAGACUAAUAUGCCAUUUUGUAUAGCUAUUGCCUUGGAUACGAAAGGUCCUGAAAUUCGAACAGGACUCUUGGAGGGUGGUCCUACAGCUGAAAUAGAACUUGUGAAAAACGAUGUCAUCAAAGUUACAACUGAUGAUAGCAUGAAGGAAAAGUGCUCAAAGGAUGUGCUGUAUGUUGAUUACAAGAACAUUACCAAAGUUGUAGUCCCUGGCAACAAAGUAUUUGUUGAUGAUGGUCUGAUUUCUCUUGUAGUAAAGGAAGUAGGUGCAGACUUUUUACAAUGUGAGAUUGAAAAUGGUGGUCUGCUUGGUAGCAAGAAGGGAGUCAAUCUUCCAGGAGUUAUUGUGGAUUUACCAGCAGUAUCUGAAAAAGACAAAGAAGACAUAUUGUUUGGAGUAGAGCAAGGAGUAGACAUGAUAUUUGCCUCAUUUAUAAGAAAUGCAACAGGAGUGAAGGAAAUCCGCAAAAUUUUGGGAGAAAAAGGCAAAGAUAUAAAGAUUAUUCCUAAGAUUGAAAAUCAUGAAGGUGUUAAAAAAAUUGAUGAAAUCAUUGAAGAAAGUGAUGGCAUCAUGGUUGCCCGUGGUGAUUUGGGAAUUGAGAUACCUCCAGAAAAAGUUUUUCUCGCACAAAAGAUGAUGAUCUCCAAAUGUAAUACCCUUGGAAAACCAGUUAUCUGUGCCACUCAGAUGCUCGAGAGUAUGGUCAAGAAACCAAGGCCAACUCGGGCUGAAAGCUCUGAUGUAGCUAAUGCGGUCCUGGAUGGUGCAGAUUGUGUAAUGUUGUCUGGAGAAACAGCCAAGGGAGAUUACCCUCUGCAAGCUGUUAAAAUCAUGGAUGCCAUCUGCACUGAAGCAGAAGCAGCUAUUUUUCACAAGCAUGUUUUUACAGAGCUUAGUGCUAAGACUCCAGUCCCUCUAGAUGCUGCUCAUUCUGUUGCUAUAGCUGCUGUCACAGCUUCUAUGAAGUCCCUGGCAUCAGCUAUAAUUGUGAUCACAACAACAGGAAGGACUGCUCACUUGAUUGCCAAGUAUCGUCCACGUUGUCCUAUUGUUGCUGUUUCUCGAUUAGAAACAACAACUCGUCUAGUUCAUUUGUGGCGGGGGAUCAUCCCACUCCUCUAUACUGGAGACCGAAUGGAGGACUGGCCUCAUGAUGUGGAUGCCAGAAUCCAGUAUGCAAUCAACUUGGGAAAGAACAGAAACUUCAUUCAAUGCGGUGAUGCUGUAAUUGUUGUGACUGGCUGGCGAAAGGGAGCUGGAGCAACAAACACCAUGAGAAUUGUAUACGUUGAUUAACGUAAUCUUCCUACUAUUGCUUGUGUUUCAGCUGUUGGAGAAAUGCCCAUUGUCUAGCUUGAAAUAGUUUGCAUUGUUGUGAACAAAUUAAUUUAAAAAGUCGUUUCUGACAAACAACUAUUGUGAUAGUUAACUUAUUAGAUAUUUAAACUUUUUUGUUUUUACAAUAUUUAUCAUUCUGAAA